UUCCACCUUCCCUCCCACCGCACCCCCCCUCCGAAAGCUGGAGAGGAAGGAGAUCCAUUGCUUCCGAUGGCUGCCUCCCGUCCCUGACCUCCGACCUCUGCCAUCUCCCCCCACCUGACAGCAACUCCUGAUCGGAUUCAGGCUAGGCCACCGCCCUCCUCUGAACCUCAGCAAGCGGACCUGAACACAAAUUGAUCCCUGCGGUGCACCCCUGUUGAAGCCAUGGGGUCCGGGGACUGGUUCAAGACGAUCAUCAGCAAGAAAAAAUCGAAACGGGCAAAGUCAAAGCACGCAAAGCUCGCUGGUCAAUUACCAAAUGGAGGCAGCCAGACAAAUCAGAAAUCGAAUGGCCCUUCUUCCAGUAGUGACCAUGAAGACAAUGCAGCACUCGAGGAAUGGGCUGCUACACGGAUUCAGAACGCGUUUCGGAAAUACAAGGCGAGGAAAACCCUCCGUUGUCUCAGGGGCAUUAAAAGAUUGCGUGUUGUUGGUCAAGCCAAUCCAGUUAAGAAGCAGACUGCUGCCACACUGAGCUAUAUACAGUCUUGGAACAAGUUGCAGUCAGAGAUAAGAAACCGGCGUGCUUUCAUGGUCACCGAAGGGCGCAACAGGAAGAAGAAGCAGGAGAAUCAAAUGAAACUCGAGGCAAAACUACAUAAUUUGCAGGUUGAAUGGAAUGGAGGUUCAGAUACUAUGGAUGAAAUACUUGCUAGGAUACAACAAAGGGAAGAAGCAGCAGUGAAGCGUGAGCGAGCCAUGGCCUAUGCGUUCAACCAUCAGUGGAGAGCAAGGUCUGCCACAAGUCUAGGAAACUUCAGCUAUGAAGUCGGGAAGGGUGGCUGGGGCUGGAGCUGGAUGGACCGCUGGAUAGCUGCAAGGCCAUGGGAGCCGCGGUCCCUGGUCCACCCCGAGAACCCGAAGAAAGCACAGGCAAAGAAGGAUAACAGCAACACAAACCCAUCGGCUCUGAAGCUGCAAGGCUCCAUCACCCUAAGCAACAACGUCAAUGACCGGAAAGCCCCUAAGAAAAAGCCAUCACCGUUAACCGCUGAUCAGAAAAAGCCAUCACCAUCACCUACUGAUCAGAAGAAGCCAUCACCAUCACCUCCAAGCGAUCAGAAGAAAGCGGCGCCGAAGGAGCAGAGAGCAAAGGCGGCAGGCACUCCGCCGAAACCAAAGGCCAAGGAAAUGAAAGGGAGACCAGAGAAGCAGCAGCAGCAACAGCAAGUGGUUCCUUCAGUCAGCGCAUGAAGACAAGCAGUCCUGGAAAUGGUUACUGAUCAUUGUACGAUACAUCUUGUGAAGUCCUCGUGUUUUUCACAGUUUGUUGUUUGUUUUUCUUUUCUUUUUUUUCAUUUUUGUCUCCUUUCAGUGAUAUGGAACAACGAGUGCCAAUGUAGAAUGUGCUUGGUUUGAGCGAUUAUGCACAUAUGACAUAUCUGAUGAGAGUGGUUUUGGUUAGGACUAGGAUAUCUGCUAUUCAUUGCUGUGCUGUUGUAAUAAGACUUGCCUGGCUAUCUGCUUGAAUGGAAGGUCUUGUUGGAACAAAA